GGGGCACCUCACGUUAGGGCUCGGAGCUUUAAACGCGCGAGCCGCGGGGCGCGCGGAGGAGGACGGAGAGGAGGGCCGGAGAGGAGGGCGGCGCCGCGGUGCAUCGACGCGCAGCGAGGCGCACGCGGCCCGUGCCUCCAGUCCGCUUGGGAUUGGCCGGGCGGUGGGUUCCCCGCCCCCAGCCGAGCGCCGGCGAGGACUUCCUGGGGGGGUUUCUCGCUUUCCCUCCGGUUUCGCUCGCGAGGCGAGGGCCCGAGGUCCGGGAGUGCCCAGGGGCCGAAGGCGUGGGGAGGCCGCGCUGCGCACUGCCACGAUGAGGCCCCGGAAAGCCUGCCUGCUGGUGCUGCUCCUGGCGCUGGCGCAGCUGCUGGCGGUGGCGAGCGCCGGGGGGCCGGACGAAGAUUCUUCUAAUAAGGAAGGUGCCAUUGAGGAUGAAGAGGAGGAGGAGGAGGACGACGACGACGAGGAGGAAGAUGACUUGGAAGUGAAGGAAGAAAAUGGGGUCCUGGUCCUGAACGACGCAAACUUUGAUAACUUUGUGGCUGACAAAGACACGGUGCUGCUGGAGUUCUAUGCUCCAUGGUGUGGACAUUGCAAGCAGUUUGCUCCAGAAUAUGAAAAAAUCGCCAAUGCCUUGAAGGAGAACGACCCUCCCAUUCCUGUGGCCAAGAUUGACGCGACCUCGGAGUCGGCGCUGGCCAGCAGGUUUGGCGUGAGCGGCUACCCCACCAUCAAGGUCCUUAAGAAGGGGCAGGCUGUGGACUACGAGGGCUCCCGGACCCAGGAAGAAAUUGUGGCCAAGGUCAAAGAGAUCUCCCAGCCCAACUGGACGCCCCCACCAGAAGUCACGCUUGUGCUGACCAAGGAUAACUUCGAUGAAGUGGUGAACGAUGCAGACAUCAUUCUGGUGGAGUUCUAUGCCCCCUGGUGUGGACACUGCAAGAAACUGGCCCCCGAGUAUGAGAAGGCAGCCAAGGAGCUGAGCCAGCGUUCCCCCCCGAUCCCCCUGGCCAAGGUCGACGCCACUGCCGAAACAGACCUGGCCAAGAGGUUCGACGUCUCUAGCUAUCCCACCCUGAAAAUCUUCCGCAAGGGAAAACCCUUUGAUUACAACGGCCCACGGGAAAAAUACGGGAUCGUGGACUACAUGAUCGAGCAGUCGGGGCCGCCCUCCAAGGCGAUCGUGGCUCUGAAGCAGGUGCAGGAGUUCCUGAAGGACGGGGACGAUGUCAUCAUCAUCGGGGUCUUUACCGCGGAGAGUGACCCGGCCUACCAGCAGUACCAGGAAGCCGCCAACAACCUAAGAGAAGAUUACAAAUUCCACCACACUUUCAGCACUGAAAUAGCAAAGUUCUUGAAAGUCUCCUCUGGGAAGUUGGUUGUAAUGCAGCCUGAGAAAUUCCAGUCCAAAUUCGAGCCCAGGAGCUACGUGAUGGAGAUCCAGAGCACCACCGAGGGGUCAGCCAUCAGGGACCACGUGUUGAAGCACACCUUGCCCCUGGUGGGCCAUCGCAAGACCUCCAAUGAUGCCAAGCGGUACACGCGGCGCCCCCUGGUGGUCGUCUACUACAGCGUGGACUUCGGCUUUGAUUACAGAGCUGCCACUCAGUUUUGGCGGAACAAGGUCCUGGAGGUGGCCAAGGACUUCCCCGAGUAUACCUUCGCCGUGGCUGAUGAGGAUGACUUUGCCACGGAGGUGAAGGACCUGGGGCUCAGCGAGAGCGGCGAGGAUGUCAACGCAGCCAUCCUGGACGAGGGCGGGCGGAAGUUCGCCAUGGAGCCCGACGAGUUUGACUCUGACACCCUCCGUGAGUUUGUCAGAGCUUUCAAAAAAGGAAAACUAAAGCCGGUUGUCAAGUCCCAGCCGGUGCCCAAGAACAACAAGGGACCCGUCAAGGUCGUGGUGGGGAAGACGUUUGACUCCAUCGUGAUGGACCCCAAGAAGGACGUCCUCAUCGAAUUCUACGCGCCCUGGUGCGGGCACUGCAAGCAGCUGGAGCCCGAGUAUGCCGCCCUCGGCAAGAAGUACAAGGGCCACAAGAAUCUGGUCAUCGCCAAGAUGGACGCCACCGCCAACGACAUCCCCAGCAACCGCUACAAAGUCGAGGGGUUCCCGACCAUCUACUUUGCCCCCAGCGGGGACAAAAAGAACCCGAUAAAGUUUGAGGAUGGAAACCGAGAUCUGGAACAUUUGAGCAAGUUUGUAGAAGAACACGCCACAAAGCUGAGCAGGACCAGGGAGGAGCUUUGAAGGCCUCGAGUGAGGUCUGUGGCGGGCGGGAGGGACCACACACUGUAGCCACCAGCGGCCGGUGGCCAGAGCCCCAGCGAGCCGUGCGGCUGGCGGGUUAGCGCAAGGGCAGUAUCUCUUUUUGGUUUUUAAUUUUUUUAUACUCUGGUGUUUCACCUCAUGCUCUGAAUACUGAAUAGAUAUGAAUGACUCAGUAGAUUAGCCCAGAUUUUUACAGAGGAUACGUCUAUUUUUACCAUUAUUUGGGGUUUGAUUUUUUUUUUAACCUUCCAUUUUCUUUAAUAUAUUUCUUCAAAGCAGAUAAGUUGAAUCUCUUCUGUGUGAAUGUUUUUUUUUUUUUUUUUUAAUUUAAAAUUUAAGAAAACAGUUUGCCAAAUCACAAUUUUGUUUUGUUUUGUUUUUUGGUUUUUUUGCCUUUUAUUUUACCCUCGUCUGAGGAAUUGCUAGUUGAAGAUCUGACGGUCCGUGUGCUUUCGUUUUCAUUUCUUCCCGUACGGCACCAAGAAGUGUCACCAAGCCCCACGCCAAGAUGUCAGCCGCCCCCGUCUCUGCGGGACUGGGCGUCAUCGUGCCUUCUGCUUUCACGCCCAGGACUGUGGGGCGAGGAGGUCUCCGGGUCCCCUAGACCCUGGGACUCAGCUUCCAGGCCUCCGCCUCGGGGUCGGGGGGAUGGAGGCCGCCUGCCCACCUGGUUAGGCCGGCCCCACCUCUUGGCGUCAGUACUGCCAGAGGAGAGGUGGCCCAGGGCACGGGUGAUGGAGAAGAUAGGGUAGGCAGUCAUGAUGGAAUAAAGCAAUUACUGAAAAUUA